GCAGGGCCGCUGCUAGCGAGGGCGGGAGGAGGAAGAGCGGCUCUCAGCUCUGAGGAAGUGGAGGAGUUGUGAGACGGUCGUGCAUCCCGCCCGGGGAGUGUACCGCGCUCCGGGCUGAAUUCGCGUUGCCCGUCCCGUGCGACACGGCUCCGCUUUCCAUCUGCAGCGGAACGGGAGUUUCACCUCAACACCCCUCACAUUCACACGCUGCUUUUCUGGCCCUUUAAAUUCGAGUUCUCCAUUAACACGGGAAUGAGCUCGUGAAAAGCGUGUUGAGGCGAGGUCUGAGAGAUUUCUACUGCUCCUUAAUUAAAGGAACCAUCCAAAUAUUGCUGUUCCAUGGAACUGACAUACUUGUGAAUACUGUGAAUUAGUCUUGGUUCCCUGAAGGAUUGUAAAAUGGAGCCGAUAACAUUCAAAGCUAAGAAAUAUCGAGCACCUAGCGAUUUCUCAGCAAGCUUCACACUCCAGCUUGUAGGUUCCCUGCCUGUGCAUUCCCUAACCACUAUGUCCAUGCUGCCUUGGAUUGUGGCAGAGAUCCGGGCUCUCAGUUGUACAAAGUCUUCCAAAGAAGAACUUGGUAUCAGCCAAAUCCGGCUUUAUGUGUCACCAUCGAGUUUGCGAUGUGAACCAGACACGGGGAAAAUCCAGCAGUGGGAUCCUUUGAUUUGUUCUGGUCUGUUUGAAUACAAGCCACAGCAUGUCCACAAACUGAUUCACAACAGCCAUGAUCCAAGUUACUUUGCUUGCCUGAUAAAGGAUGGAGCAGCAAAUCAGCAAAGUAUCUGCUAUGUAUUCAAAGCUGAUGAUCAAACAAAAGUCCUCAAGAUCAGAGUAUUACUUCCAGAAACUUGCAGGACUUCAGAAUAUCAUGUACAAGUGCCUGAGAUUAUAAGCUCUAUUCGACAAGCUGGAAAAAUUGCUCGUCAAGAAGAGUUUCAGAGUAAUCUUUCAGAUAUUGAAGACCCUUUUGCCAAAAAGUUUGAGGUGCUGUUCUGUGGACGUGUGACUGUAGCACAUAAAAAUGCACCCCCAGCACUCAUAGAUGAAUGCAUUGAGAAAUUUAAUCAUGCGAGUUGUACAAAAAAAUCAGAUUCUGACUCCUCAUCCCAACAACAUGAAACUGCCAGUCACUCCGGAGGCUUCUUGUUCAGCAACAAAUUUCGGUCUGUCUUCCAGCCCUUGAUGGGUGAAGAGGAGGAGAAAAGGCCAAUUAGGAAAUCGUUUUCCCAACCUGGACUUCGUUCCUUGGCUUUUAAGAAGGAUUUUCAGGAGGGAAGCCAUAGGAGUAACAGCUUUGUCAGGUCUUUUGAAGAAGAUGCUCUUUCACUAAACCUAAAAAGUCAACUUAUCUAUGGACACAGUGUUGUGCAGCCAACAGACAUUGCAGAAAACCGGACAAUGUUGUUUACGAUUGGCCAGUCUGAAGUUUACCUUAUCAGUCCUGACACAAAAAAAGUAGCAAUUGAGAAAAGCUUUAAAGAAAUAUCGUUUUGUUCUCAGGGAAUUAGACAUGUGGAUCACUUUGGAUUCAUCUGCAGAGAGUCUUCAGAAAAUGGAGGCUUCCACUUUGUUUGCUAUGUGUUUCAAUGUACAGAUGAAGCACUGGUUGAUGAAAUCAUGAUGACAUUGAAACAGGCUUUCACUGUAGCUGCUGUGCAACAAACUUCCAAGGCACAGCCCCAGCUCUGCGAAACAUGUCCUCUGCAAAGCUUGCAUAAACUCUGUGAAAGGAUAGAAGGGCUACACCCUUCUAAGACUAAACUAGAACUACAAAAGCAUCUAACAACACUAAACAGCCAGGAGCAGGCUUCUGUUUUUGAGGAGGUUAAGAAAUUGAGACCAAGAAAUGAUCAAAAAGAGAAUGAGCUGAUUAUCGCUAUUUUGAGAAACAUGUAUGAAGAAAAACAGAAGGACCACAUUCACACUGGGGAAGCAAAACAAUCUUCACAACCGUCUGCUGAGAAUGCUGCAAAUGAAGUGCCCAGCAGUGCUCCAAGAUUCAGAUUAGAUAUGUUAAAGAACAAGGCAAAAAGAUCUCUGACAGAAUCGUUUGAAAGUAUUUUAUCACGUGGCAGUAAAGCCAGAGGUCCUCUCGACAGUUCUAGUGGAUCUGUGGAUCUGGAGGCCUCCAUGUCCAGUACCUUAAGCAGCACAAAUAAAGAACCACCAUUAUCUGAAAGGGAGACAGACAGAGUUCCUACACUUCCUACAGAGAAUGCUGUCAAGAUCAGUGGAUCAGUGGGUGAUCUCUCCAGUGACCCAGAUAGUUAUCCUAUUGAUCAUUCUGUUACAUUACCUCAACAAAGCUUUCGAAGACGAGCAAACACACUGAGUCAUUUACCAUCGGAAAGCCGGGAGUCUUUGGUAGCUGCUGAAACAUCGCCAUCUGUUCCCCAGAGGAAACUUAUGAGGUAUCACUCAGUGAGCACAGAAACUCCUCACAAGAGAAAUUCUUCUGGUCAACUUGCACGUUCUCCUACUCUAGCUCGUCUUAAUCCCUCGGCUUCUUCACCCAACUUUUUUAAAUAUCUAAGGCAUAAUUCAAGUGGAGAACAAAGUGGGCAUUUUGCACAAAAGAGCAUCUCCUACCGUACUGCCUUAAGGAAAAAGCUUCAUUCUUCCUCUUCUGUGCCAAAUUUCUUAAAAUUUCUGGCUCCUGUAGAUGAAAAUAACACCUCAGACUUUAGGAGCACAACAAGUGACUACGAAUCCAAACGCAGCCAGCAGGCUGCUGGUGCUGACAGCCCUGUGAGGACUCGCCGGCAUUCUUGGAGACAGCAGAUAUUCCUGCGAGUGGCAACUCCUCAGAAAGCAUGUGAUUCUCCCAGUCGAUAUGAUGAUUACACUGAACUGGGAGAACUUCCACCCAGAUCUCCUUUGGAACCAGUGUGUGAAGAUGGCCCCUUUGGUCCAGUGAAGGAGGAAAGAAAACGGACAUCCCGUGAGCUUCGCGAAUUGUGGAAGAAAGCCAUCAUUCAGCAAAUACUGCUCCUCAGAAUGGAGAAAGAAAACCAGAAGUUACAAGCCUCGGAAAAUAAUUUGCAGAACAGACGUCUGAAACUUGACUAUGAAGAAAUCACACCAUGCUUAAAAGAGGUAACUCUGAUUUGGGAAAAAAUGUUGAGUACACCUGGAAGGUCAAAGAUUAAAUUUGAUGUGGAAAAAAUACACUCUGCUGUUGGGCAAGGAGUACCACGUCACCACCGUGGGGAGAUCUGGAAGUUUCUAGCAGAGCAAUAUCAUCUUAAACAUCAGUUUCCAAAUAAACAACAACCAAAGGACACACCUUAUAAAGAACUCCUUAAACAACUAACUUCCCAGCAACAUGCAAUACUUAUUGACCUAGGACGCACAUUUCCAACACAUCCGUACUUCUCAGCACAGCUAGGAGCUGGGCAGCUGUCACUCUACAAUAUUUUGAAGGCCUAUUCCCUUCUGGACCAGGAAGUAGGAUAUUGCCAGGGACUUAGUUUUGUAGCAGGAGUUCUACUACUUCAUAUGAGCGAAGAAGAUGCUUUUAAAAUGCUGAAGUUUCUCAUGUUUGAUGUGGGGCUAAGAAAACAGUAUCGUCCUGACAUGACAAUUCUUCAGAUCCAGAUGUAUCAACUAUCACGACUUCUUCAUGACUACCAUCGAGACCUCUAUAACCACCUAGAGGAACAUGAGAUUGGCCCCAGCCUCUAUGCUGCUCCAUGGUUUCUCACCAUGUUUGCCUCGCAGUUUCCCCUCGGAUUUGUAGCCAGAGUGUUUGAUAUGCUUUUCCUUCAAGGAUCAGAGGCUAUAUUUAAAGUGGCCUUAAGCCUUUUGGGAAGCCACAAGCCCUUGAUUCUGCAGCAUGAGAACCUAGAAACUAUUGUUGAUUUUAUUAAAAACACUCUCCCCAACUUGGGUUUGGUACAGAUGGAAAAGACAAUUAGUCAGGUGUUUGAAAUGGAUAUUGCCAAGCAGUUGCAAGCUUAUGAAGUUGAAUACCAUGUGCUUCAGGAUGAGCUUAUAGAUUCAUCUUUGAAUGACAAUCAGAGACUGGAUAAGUUAGAAAAGGCAAACAGUAGCUUGCGCAAACAGAACUUUGAACUCCUGGAAGAACUGCAGGUGGCUAAUGGAAAGAUCCAAAACCUUGAAGCCACAGUAGAGCUUUUAUUGACUAAUGAAGGCAAACUGAAGGAGUCAAUUCUCACUCUUGAGCAGGAGCGAACAGCUUUGCAGAAGGCAGUGGAAGAGAUGCGGAAAAAGAUUGGUGAUACAAAUGAGAAGCCUCUGCUUACUAGACAAGAGCACCUGGAUGCUGACUGAUCUGCAGUUGUCACAGAGCAGAGAACCUGAGCAAAUAACAAAGGGAAGAACUGGGUCUUUUUGUUGAUCCGUGGAGAUUUGUUGUUGUCACCUUCAUUAUACAUGCCUUACUGUAGCAAAGCAAGAUAGAGGCAUUGUGGCUGCGCAAAUCAGGUAAACAGGUUCCUUGGGGAGGAAGCUUUCUUCUUGUAUGUAGAAGUGCUAUGAACAGCAAGAUGCCCCAUCAUAAUAAGCAGGAGAAACCUAAUAGUGUGUGCACAAUGCACUGUAAAGAUGUCAAGGAUUCUUCCAUAAGUGCUUCUAAACCCAAGUGCUUUAUGUUUGUUACAUACUUCGUUUGCAUGUUCAUCAGCACCAUGGUAAAUAGCACAUCCUUGAGAAGCUCCUUUAAAAAAAUACGGCAGUGUAAAACCUUCAAAUUGAUGGUUGCCUUGCUGCAGCUAUGCAGUGGUAACACUUACAGAGAGUUUUGUGAUUGGACUUGAGAUAUUUUUGACAGUGUAAUUCCCCUGCAGCUUGACUCAGUUCUGUUAAUUAUGUUGUUUACACCUCAGAUAACUGUUUCCUGAUGCUUGCAGAUGUCAAUCUAUUGGACUCCAGAGAGCUGGACUUCAUUGUAUGCAACUCUGUGUCAUUAGGAGUUGCCAUCUGUUUUUAUAAGUAUGUUGUUUUAAUAUAUUUUUUUAACAUCCAUUAGCAUGUUGUUAGUUGGCAUUAUCUGAUAAACAUACAUACUGUAUAUAGUAACUGCGUUAUGCUUAACAAAAUACACUGACAUUGGUUUCAUGAACCCUGUAACUCUUGCAGUAUCAUCCAAGGAUUUAUAUUUGGACUCUUAAGUUUCAUUUUAUUUAUUUCUGAUCUGCUGUGCUGUGUAAGACAUCAUUUUGUUGGGAAACUAACGCCCCUCUCUGUUUUUCCUUUCUUUGGUACUCUGCCCUCCAAUCCCCUGGGAAAUGUUAUUAAGACUUUUUUGUAAGCGUUGGAGGCAUUUUGAGAGCUUCGUGUUGUGCCUGAGAUGCUUAAACUGCUUUAUAAAGGUUAUGGCUGUUUGAAUUAGGGCACCAUUCUUUUUACAAUCCCUUUUUUGAGUAAGAUUACACAUGUAAAAAAAAAAAAAAAGUUUCUUAGUACAAUGAAAGUAGUUUUCAGGCCAGUUGAAGCACCACUGCUGCAAGUGCAAUAAUAUCCGUGGCUGUCCAUCCAGUUGUUUGGGUUCCCUUCUGAAUUAGGGAAUAGUGCUGUAAUUUUGUUUAAUCCGCAAGCACAGAGUUAAUAUGCAUCAGCAUGUUGUCAUGGUGGAGAAUCACCCAGAGAUGUGAUUUUUGUUUUUCUUAAAUUGUUUUUGUUCUUUUUUUUUUAAAAUUUCAAAGCACAUAGUUGUGUUGGUUUGGUUGUUGUUUUUUUCUUUCUGACUGGCAAUGUAGAAAAGGUUUUGGUUUUCUGUUUUCUUCAUGCAAGACCCUUUGAUACAUCGUGGUUGUAGUUUAACAUUCAUCUACUGUGCGGAACAAAUACCUCUGUAUAGGUCAAAAAGAAAAAGAGAAUUUUCUAUUCAAUUUCUGAAUGCUUUGUUUCACUCUGUGAAGACUUUGUGUCUUAAAUAUCGCUGGUUUUUGCAAAUCCACUCUGUAUUCAUUUAGUAUUGAAAUUCCAGAUAAAUUAAUUAUUAUUAAUCCACUUACCUCAAAGGCUUGCUUUUUAUUUGGAAAUCCAUACUGAGGCUCAUGCUUCAUGUUUAAUACCAUGUUAUAAUGAACCUCAUGCUGUUAGAGCACUCCAUAACGUUGCAUUUUUACACCAUAGUGCCAUAAUUCAUACACUGACUUUUUAAUGAGCAAUAAAAAUAAUAAUAACGUA